AUGACGCUCGGGUUACUUCCACAGGAAGUCCUUGACCACAUUGUUCGGGAACUCCCGAAAAGAGAUUUGAAAAAUGUUAGGCUAGCAUCCAGCUGGCUGUGCCUCUCAGCAGACAGAUAUCUAUAUGAAAGACUAUUUAUAUCAUCUAAUCCGCUGGACCUGGACGUAUUUGACCGUGUUAUUUCAAAUCCUCGGCUUUGUGGACAUGUUACCGAGCUGGUCUGGGACGAUACCUCGUUUCCAGCAUCUUCCGGACGCAAACAACAUUUCUUAGAAAGGGCUACGAGCGAACUGGCAAGACUUCCCCCGGGUUCCUUUCUCAGGGAUCCAGAUGACAGCAAGAAGCCGAUUCAAGAAUCCUGGGAGAAGUUUAGUGAGCUUGCGGAACAACACCAUGACAUCCGACUUAGCAGAAAAGAUCACGCUAUGCUUGUCAGGGGCAUCCCUCUUCUAAAGAGACUUAGGCGGGUAGUACUCACUAACCUCACCAUACCGGAAGCUAAAGCUCAGGGUCUCUGCUCCCCAACGUUUAGACGAUGGGCGAUAUGGGAGGAGCGCGGGUUAUAUAUCCCAUUUUACUAUCUACCGAGCUGCAUCUGGGAGUACCUACCGGACGAUUGGCUGCUGGAUGGCUCAGAGCCACCUGCCAUCAACCAGCGUUUCAUAGAUGACCUGCAUAGUGUUGUAAGAGUCGACGAACCUGGCGUUGCGGUUCAUCGUCCAGCACGCGGUCUUUAUGUCCUCCUUUCGUCUUUCAAUUCUCUCAAUAAGCAGGUUGAAGAAUUUACUACCAUCGCAUCACGGCGCAUGCUGUGUCCAGGCCUCCUAUCAUACAUGUUCUGGCAGGGCCCCCCGCAGAUUGUCCAGCAGCUCUCCAGCUUCGUCCCUUGUUUACGGACUUUGAGUCUCACUUUGGGCUUCGUUAGUGACAAUUUAUGGGGGAAAAAUGUGAUGAAUCCAGAAGUACUUAGCAGGGUUCUGAUGGAGGCGACGGAGUUGGAGAGUCUUCAGCUUGAGUUGCAUUCUACGCAUAUUAUAAACGCGGAAUCGGAGAUCGCUGCGGGUUUAACACAGCCGCGCGGAUACGCAAAAUCCUCUGGAGCCAUUGCCAGAGGCCAUAGAUGGAAGAAGCUAUCAAGGGUAAAGCUAUAUUGUGGCCAUGUUGAAACCACGGCGCUCCUCGAUUUUAUACGGCUCCACCGUGGUACCUUGAAACUCCUAGUUCUUGGGAACUGCUACGUAAACACCAGAAAAAUGCCAUGGUACUGCCUCGAGGACAAGAUUAGAGCUGAGAGGCUUACCUUUGAGCUUCGCUACCCAGAGAACCCGCGCAUCCAUGAGCUCUAUAGCUGCGUUUACAAUAAAGGCCUAAGGAAAGCUGAUAGUUGGGGGUUAAAGACAAUCAAAUUUGGGUGA